CUGCAUUGCAUUUUCUUUUGAUAUAAAACAGUUCAUGUCUAUACGCUUCUUUGUGUGUUUAAUAUAUAUCUAUUUCUGUUAUCUUUUGGCUUUACCCGAGUAUAGUGUGCCUUCCCUUUUUUUUAUGAGGAACAAUAAAAUGAUCUACUUGACAACACCAUGGCUGUACUUGAAUUCAAUUCUAGACAAUCUAAAUCUACAGUUGCAAUUCAAUUAUGAUCCAAUCGUUAUUGAUAUCUUUUCUUCACUCCAACGACAUCUAUUGUGAGAAUAAUUUUAUAAGCUAACAGUACUUCUUGAUGCUGAAUUAUGAUAAUAUUUUAUAAAACAUGUCUCCUUAUUUAUUAUUAUUUUUUCUUCUUGUACUAUAUAAGAUGCGGCCCUUUGAGGGAAACCAUAAAAAGAAGUAUCAAGCUUAUCCUUGAAGUGUUUAGUGUGCUAGAAACUGAUUUUAGAUCAAAAAGACUAGUUGUUCAAUACCUCAUUACUAUACAUGGAAUUUUAAAAAUUUAUGUUUUUUUGGGAGUGGGAGACAGUUUGAAAAGAACCUUAGUUUCUUAAACCUUCCUUAAUAGAAAAGAAAUAAAUAAAAGUUCUGUUUAGUGAGCUCUUUCAAAUUCAAGGGUUUAGU